GCCACUGCGGAGCUCCAACCCAGCUCUCUGAGCAUCCGCCCCGGCGCCCCUCGGUAUAGACGCUGCGCCAUGGCCAAGGCCACCGCCGUCUGGUCGGACCUGGUCCUCGUCUUCUGGUUCGCCUGCCUCCUGCCCUUGGGUCCGGCGAGGGUGGCCGCAGGUCUCUAUAAUCUUAGUCUUACUACUGAUGGUCCUGCUACCGUGGGCACUGAAGUGACCAUCUCAGCCAGCCUGGUGGUCAAGGACAACGGCAGCCUGCCCCUGCCCGCAGACGCCCACCUCUACCGUUUCCACUGGAUCCACACACCUCUGACGCUCACUGCCAAGACGGAGAAGAAUCUCACCUCGACCAUCCGAGUGGUGGGCAGCGUGUCUGGGGACUUCCCAGUCUCUGUCUGGGUCACUGAUGUCGACUGCUGGAUGUGCAAGCCGUUAGCCAGGAGUACUCUACUCCUCCCCAUUAAAGAGUCCCUUGUGGGAGACAUAGUUGUUACCCAAAACACCUCCCUGUCUUGGCCGAAUUCCUACAUCACCAAGAAAAGUCUCAGACUGUCCUUCCUUCUCCAUGACCCGAGCGACUUCUUCAAAUCGGCUUCCUUCUUCUACCGAUGGGACUUUGGAGACGGGACCUUGUUGAUAACUGACAACUCUGUGGUGUAUUACAACUAUUCGAGCCCCGGAACCUUCACCGUGAAAGUCAGGGUGGUGGCGGAAUGGGAAGAGAUAAAGCCAGACACCACGAAGGGCACCAUACAGAAGACCGGUGACUUCUCGGCAUCGCUGAACCUGCGGGAGUCGCUUCAAGGCAUCCAGAUUUUGGGGCCAACCCUCUUGCAGACAUUCCAAAAGCUGACCAUGAACCUGAACUUCUUCGGGAGCCCCCCUCUGCACGUGUGCUGGGGUCUCAAGCCGCAGUGUCUCCCCCUGGAGGACAGAGAGUGCCACGCUGUGUUGGUGACCCGGACAUCUUUUAACCUGACCCACGUCUUCCAGGACCCCGGAGACUACUGCUUCAUUUUCCGUGCUGAGAAUGCUAUCAGCAAGGCUCACCAGUACCACAGGAUUCAGGUGUGGCCCUCCAGCUUCCAGCCCUUUGUCUUUGCCUUCCCGUGCGCCACGCUCAUCACCGUGUUGCUGGUUUUCCUCAUGUACAUGACUGUGCGGAGCGCUGCUACCCAGAAGGACAUAACAGAGAGCCCCGGCACCACUGGGCUCAAAUGCUGCUGCCAGGUGUGCUGCGGGUCCCUCUUUCUGGACUCCCCGUCCGAGUACCUGGAGAUCGUCCGCGAGAACCACGGGCUGCUCCCACCCGUCUACAAACCUGUGAAGACUUACAACGUGUGAACUCCCACCCCGUACCUCUCAGUAUUCACCCGAUCGCCCAUCGGGAGCUUCGGGCGGGGUGGCCAUUGCUACUGAGCAGGAGGGGGUUAGAGCGGUGUGACCGUUCGCCCAGACUGGUCACUGUUCCGCACAGUCCAUCUGACAAAGUCACCCUUUCUUUGUGUCACCUCCCCGCUAUCACCUCUUCAUCCGUACAGUCUAGUCAGUGCUGUAAGCUGUUCCCAGUCACCCUCCUCACCCCACCCCUACCAAGCAGGAUUCUGAUCUUUGGUGUGUUGUGCUGUGUUAAGACUUCCCCGAGUGGGUCCGGCUGCCCCUUGCCCCUUGCUCACUGGGGAUUCAUGAGGUCCCGGCAACGCAGCUCUGCCCGAGCCAGAAGGAACCAGGAAGGAGGUCACAGAUGGGUAAGGACGGCUAGUGAAAGAGAGCUAACACGCUGUGGGCAUGCUCAGAGGGGUGUGCUCGCAGCAAGGAAGGGCACACGUGGGUGUGCGUGGAGCAUCUCAGAUGAUUUGCUGUGCGCCUGGAAGGCUUGCUGCUGGGAUGGAUUUGAACUGGACCUCAAAGGUGACACCUGAGCCCGGCCCCACCCUCUGUCCUUUGUCUCUACAGUUCCAUGACCAGGCCAGCCUCCUAGCUGGAAGCUGAGUGAGAACUGGGGGCAGAAUGAACGCCCUGUGAGUGUAGAAUAAGUCAGUGGACCAGCUUUUCGUGGAGACCUGUGAGAUCAAUGUCUUCUGAGAAAAAAAUUGGAGCAAAUAGAAGGGUUGAGCUAGUGAGGAUUUGGGAUAGCAGCCUUGUACUAUACUGAGUCUUGGUGUCUGUGCUCUCUCUCCCUCUCUCUCUCUCUCUCUCUCUCUCUCUCUCUCUCUCUCCCCCCACACACCCCGUUCUCGCUCUGUGUAUGUGCGUGAUGUGAUACCUUAGCCACUCAGUUACUUCCAAGGUAGCAGAAGGAAAAAGAAGGCAGAGGAUACCUUGAAAGAUGAGAAGGGGCCUGGUGUGGUGGUGCACACCUUUAAUCCCAGCACCCAGAAGGCAGAGGCAGGUAGAUAGCAGAUCAGAGUUCAAGGUCGGCCUGGUCUACACAGUGAGUUCAGGACAUCCGGAGCCACAGGGAGUUCCUGUCUCAAAAAAAGGAAGGAAGGAAGGAGGGAAGGAAGGAAGGAAGGAGGGAAGGAAGGAAGGAGGGAGGGAAGGAAGGAGGGAAGGAGGGAAGGAAGGAAGGAAGGAAGGAAGAAACCAUGGUACUUAGGGGUGUGUGUCAGCUUCCAGGCUUACCCGGGUACCCAGCGUGCCAGGGUGGCCUGCACCUGGCGGAUAAAGGAGGAUCAAGUCUGUGAAGGUAGAUCUCUUGUCGUUGUAACCGUUGGCCCUUGGACAUCCUGCUGAAAUAGUAUUGUCUCUUGUACCGUUCAUUCCCAUGACAUCCCGCCAUCGUUCCUGAAUAAAAGCUCUA